AUGGAUCCAAAAGAUAAGAAUGGUGAAUCUUUGAGUAGAAAGAAUCAUGCUACAAUUUUCAGACGACCAUUGAUACGAUCAAUUAUUCUCGUCACUCUUGUAACCAUACUCAUUCAUAAAUAUAAUCUUAUUGAUUACUUCAUAAAUCCAAAUUUUUGGAGAAUUAGAGAUAAUAUAAUACCUUCUUUAUUUUCAAGGGAGUCAUUUUUUCAUCAUAGAAAUGACGAGGGAAUUUUCAAUGAGUUUGUAUUUGAUCCAGAAGACAGGUUUCAUAUUCAUGAUACCUUUAAAUACGGAUGGAUAGUAACUAUAACGUUUAUAAUCGUUAUAAGUCUAUUGAUUGGGAUAUAA